AAACUCGCACACACAGCAUUCGACUUGUUCGUCGUCGUCGUCGCGAAUGAAACUCUCUCAGUAGACGGAGUGCAUCCCCGAAAAUUGCUAAUUUAUCCGCUGAAAAUUGGUGAAAAUGGCCCUCAACUGAAUGCAUCAGCCAGUGAUUACAGUGGACUAGUGAAAUUGUGUACGGAAGUGAUGUUUCGACAGUGGUAUCUGGUCGGAAUUUGCGACGAAAGAAUUUGAGAAUUUUCCGUCGUAGCCGUCGGGAUUGGAUCGCAGCGCAGCAACCUCUUUUUCUCCUUUCGUUCUUUUCUUUUUUUGCCGUUCGUCACGUCGCGCCGCUCCACUUUCGCACCCGUCGUUGCUUUCGGAGUGACUAGAAAGAAGGAAGCAGGUUUGCGUGAAGAAAAAUUUGUUGAAAAAGCGAGGAAAAUGUGUGAAGUGAAUACUGUUGGUGUUUAUGUGUCAAAUCUAUCGCUUUUCCAGCGCGAGCCUGGACGCUUCAUAAAUUUCAAACUUCCGAGUAAAGUUUAGCGUUAGAAGUGUUUCCACGAAAGAAAGAAAAAAAAGAGAAACUACAAGCUUUCAGAGCGUCACAUUAGAAAGAAAAAUGAUCCUCCAAAGUGGUUGAAGUGUCAAGUUUAAAUUGCUGCUGAUGGAAGACCGUAAAAAAAUACUGACCCAGCAAAGCAGAAAGGCAUAAUGGUUUUUCAUACAACGGGAAUCUUGGCAGUGAUGCCAGAAACAGUGAUCGUAGUUCGUUGCACUUGUUGAUACAUUAAUUGUUUGGUACCAUAAUUUGUUUUACUUUGUGAAAAAGAUGUGCGAAUGCCAACUGAAUUCACAGUAAUAGCAGUAAGGAAACUGAACGUAGUAAGAUAAAUUGUAGAGCUCUACGCUGGCGGAUAAACAUUGUUUUCCACCUGCUUUUGGAAGCUUCAAUCUACCAUCGUCAAUACUAAAUACUCUACCUGGCUCCAUACCAUCGCAACUUUAACAAUGGGUGAUCGAGAUAUACCGAGUGUUCCAAUUACAACUUUGGCUGGUCUGACAAGUCUAUCGGAUCUGCUCAGUGAACUCCCGAUAUCAGACUCACUUGCCACCGGAUCCACCACGUUAAAUCGUUCACUGUUGUUUCAUCCGCGAGUGGCCGAGGAAGCUAACAAUCUGCUAGCCACGAGGGACGAUAGUCUCAUCGGGCAAUUAGUGACUGCGAUUGAACAGACCAAUUCGGAUCACAUAGAACUGAAGGAUCAGUAUGCUCAGCAAUCGCCCAGCAAGCAGUUGCAAGAGGGUCCACUUUUAUUACAAUCUAUCCAUUCCUGCCGACCGGACGUGUUCAGCAUGCCCCAGACACAUCAACAGCAGAUCUUGACUCAACAGCAGAAAAUGAUAUCUACAUCACAAGCCCAAGUUUUUAAUUUCUCAAGCGAACACUACUCUUCCAUACAAACACACCAUCAGCCGUUGCAAGCGCAACAACAACAACAGCAACAGCAGCAGUCGCAGUUUUACACAAAUCAGUUUCUGCAGACGCAUUCGCCGCAGCAUCAGCAGCAAAUUGUAUUCAGUCAGCCCCCAAUUACCAUCCACCAUCCCAAUCACCCACCAGUGGUCGUUCAGCAGCAGCAACAACCGCAACAAACGACGGUUCAAUUAGCGCACCUGAGCCAUCCUAUUCCCACCAACCUUCCCUUUCAACAUCAGCAGCAACAGCAACAACUGCAGUCACAACAGCAACAACAACCAUCUCCCCCAAAAGUCAUCAUUCGCCAGCAAGUUAUUAACCUUCAAAAUAUUCCUUACUCCAACUCUUCAGAAAAUCACCAGCUUCAACAACAGCAGCAACUUUUUCAACAACAGUUACACCAGCAACAACAACAACAACAACAGCAACACAAUCAAAACGUUUCUGUGACACACCAGUCGGUUAUACAAAACCAACAGAUGCAGGUUCAACAUCAACAACAGCGAACAGCGGUUGAUCCACAUCGAACUGUAAUUCAGCAGCCACAACAGCCAAUAUUGGCCACCGGUAGUACUCUCGCGAAUGCACUUCCAGUAUCAGGACCUGUGAGGCAAGUGAUCACACAACAGCACCAAUUACCCAACCAUGUUCCCCAGCAACCACAGCAGCAGCCGCAUCCUGUGUUGCAACAGAUAACGCAUCAACAGCAACCAGUGCCACUUCAGCCGCAUCAAUAUGUGAUAAACAAAAAUAGUGCCUCCCCCAAUCAGCACCACCCACAGCAACAUUUGGUCAACAGUAUGCAGCAGCAGCAGCAGCAGCCUCAGCAGCAUCAGCAUUAUGUUGCGGUUGCGAAAGAACAAUCUCGUCCAGCUGCAAAUGAGCAAUCUCAGUUGAAGAAUGGUAACAGUACCUUAAACAAUCAUCAGUAUCCUCACCCGCAGACCCUACAGCAGCAUCCAAAUAACCUCAUGAAGACUCCGGAGGCAGCUCCACGCAAUAGUGAAUAUCUGCAACAACAACAAAGCAAGCAUCUGGAUUCCCGAGGGAGGCCAUCACCCGCUCAAGGUACAACUGCACCCGAAACCGACCAAACCCAUACCACUCUGCGUAAACCGCAAGACCCCCAGCAGACUCAAGCCGUUACUCCUGCCGUGCAGCAAGUAAAUCAGCAGGUGACUACACCAUACAAACCCAGACCACUUGAUACGUCAGCUCGAACGCCUGCUGCUACACCAGGAACUCCGACAUCCACUGCCCAAAGGCCUAUAUCUGUUUCCGGAGCGCUACAGCGAGUUGCAAACGCAAUUCCUCCGAAGCCAGCACUGGCACCGAUAACUUCCAUUGGCGUCACGGGAGCUCUAAUGAGGACACCAACAACGACUACCGCUCCGAUAAUUCCUAACACCCCUCAACCACAACAGCAAACAGCGCAACCUACGCAACCUACUGUAAGGAAACCUGAACGAGUCAAUCUCAAAAAGCUCUGCAAAAUGAUGGAGUUGACCGAAGUGGAUAGUUUAACGCUGAAGAAAUGUUCAAUUCGAAUGGAAAGGUUGAACGAGGAACAUCUUCUAUUGAUGCAAGAAGGUCUGAAGAAGUUUUCGAUAGCAGAACCGAAAGCUGCAAUGCGGCUUGGUUUGGUAAAGAAAAGCAAUGAAAUGAUAUUCAGUAAAAUGAAGGAAGACGAACGACGGUAUACUGGUUUGUUGGCGAAACGAAGGGCACAGUAUGACGCGGCUGAUCCGGAAGAUAUGUUCAGUAAGCCCAAACUGAGACGGGUUGAAAGGGUUGUCGCUCCGGUGGUGAAAAAACUUUCUAAAGAGGAACUAAUGAAUACGAAUACCUACCAGAGGUUUAUGUCGAUCAUGAACAAAAUUUUCGAUCAGCUAGAUGAAACCGAAGCGCCCAGCUUAGACGAUGGUGAUGAGCAGCAAGAUUGCAUUGCCACGAGCAUGUUGAGUAGCAUAGGGGCGGAGGCAGCUAAACUGAAAGCUCGCAAUGCGAUCGAAGCUAUUCCGGAGAACAAACUAACCCUGCUGAUAACGUACGCAAUGAGAUCUAUCCAUUCUGCUAAAAACCUCAGUGGGUCUGAACUGCAGGAUGAUUUGGUUGGAGACGAUUGUAUCGAAAAAAUUCUCAACGCUAUGGAGGCAGCGCUGUUGAUUUGUUCAAUCUAUACUUGCAAGAAUACCAAGUUUCUGCAAGAGGACAACAUCGAUGCGAUAAUCAAGUUUGUGCAAUUCCAGUUGCGUGAAACGGUGUUUCCCUCCUACGAUCCUGUGUAUUCGGUCGAAACGAAGAAAAAAGUUGACGGGAAGAAAACGAAAAAAAUACCGAGCUACCAGCAGAAAGGUUUAUCGAUAUUGUACACUAAAAUUGUAGAAUUGGGUAAACUGUUGGUAACAAUGUUCGAAAAAUUCCACUUUGUGGAUACCAUUGUGAUCCAUGCGUCUGCCCUUGGAGUGGAGCCAUUCUUCGUAGACAACAUUGAAACGCUUCAGUUUGUGUGUCUCGAUUUGGUGACAUCAAUUUUUCAAAAUGAAAAGUAUUCACACCAUCGGCGAAACAUUGUCGCGGACAUUCUUUCGUCGAUCGAUCGUCUUCCGCACUCGAAACGGAAUCUCCGUCCGUACAAGCUUGUCAAUAACGCGGGUAAUAUUCAAAUGAUGACUGCUUUGGUACUUCAGUUGAUUCAGUGCGCCGUCAUACUACCGGAAUCCUUUGGAGAUAAUAACCCGAAAAAGGCAAACAACGACGCUGUGAUCAAUAGCAGUAACCCGAAGUCCGUCGAUUUGUUCAUUAUCGGAAAAUACGAUACGGCCCUAAGUAUUGGAGGUAAUUUUCUGGCGACUUUCUUGGAUAAGUGUAAAAGCCGCUCAAGCGAAACGGACUUUCGUCCUUUGUUCGAGAAUUUCAUCCACGAUCUGUUAACUACAGUUAACAAACCAGAAUGGCCGGCAUCGGAGCUGCUCCUUAGUUUGCUAGGGACAAUGUUGGUAAAAAAGAUGUCCGACAAAGGGGUGGAGCAAUCAAUUCGAGUGGUUUCAUUGGAAUAUCUCGGAAUUGUAGCCGCACGCCUACGGAAGGACACGGUGGAAUCUAGGUGCAAAGUACGAACGAUGGAUUCCCUCAUAAAGUACAUUAAAAUCGAACAGGAGAAGGAAGGGGAUGAGUACCAAAAAAAUUCCAAAUUCCAGUUGAACGAGGAAGAGGAAAGGACUGAAUUUUUGCAAAAAAUUCUGCUGGAUUUUUUAGCAGCGAAUGCACAAGAAGGCAACAUCGUGUGGAACCAUGCACGACACUUCUACAUCACGCAAUGGUAUCGAGACAUCAUCCAACGGAAGAAAUGCAUCGCCGAUGGCGAAAAGGGAUAUGCGUCCAGGAAGAAGCAGGCGAAAAAACGUAAAAAAUACCACACUGAAUCCGACGAGUCCGAUGGCGGUGGAAACGACUCCGACAUCGACGAAAUAAAGCCUGAUGUGGAUCAGGAGCUAAACAGUGAAAUCUUCCGGUUGCUGGACAUUCGGAAGACUAAUUACCUAGCACAAAUCUGUCCGUUCGGUGGAAGUGGCCUGAACGCCACGGUCAGCGAAAUAAAAACCUACAUCGACUACAACAAUGCGAAUCUGAUUGCCCAAUACCUAGCGAGUAAGCGAUCAUUUUCCCAGAGUUUCGACAAAUACCUUCAGAAAAUCAUUCUUGUCGUACGCGAACCGGUCGUCGCGAUACGAACGCGAGCCAUGAAAUGUCUUGGCAAUAUCGUGGAGGUGGAUCAGAUGGUACUGGCUCGAAAGGAUAUGCAGAUGGGAGUACACCAGAAGUUACUUGACACUGCCAUUUCGGUGCGAGAAGCCGCGGUGGAUCUGGUGGGAAAGUAUAUUCUUUCCGAUCCGGAUUUAAUUGAUCAGUAUUAUGAGAUGAUAUCGCAGAGGAUAUUGGAUACGGGUGUAUCAGUGAGAAAACGGGUUAUCAAAAUAUUACGCGACAUUUGCAUCGAAUAUCCGGAACAGGAUAAGAUUCCGGACAUUUGUGUGAAGAUGAUCCGAAGGGUCAACGAUGAAGAAGGAAUUCAGAAACUUGUGAUGGAUGUUUUUAUGACGAUGUGGUUUACGCCGUGCAAUCCUAGCGAUAAGGGUGCCAUGGAUAGGAAAAUUACUCAGAUUAUCGAUGUCGUUUGCUCGUCCCAUGAGACAGGAACUCAGGGUUUUGAUGCGUUACUGAAAUCGAUUUUCGAACCAAAAGAGAGCAAAGAAGAUUCGAAGGCGAAAAAGGAAAUACCGAAAACGCUAAUCAAAGCUUGCCAGCAGAUCGUCGAUGGCCUGGUGGAUGCGACAAUGAAACUGGAAAGCUCAGAAAAUAAAAAGCUUGUCGGUUGCAUCACUGCGUUGCACCUUUUCGCCAAAAUACAACCGCAUUUGUUGGUGAAUCAUGCGAUGACUCUGGAACCGUAUCUUAAUAUACGCUGCCAGAAUGCUAUAAACUAUAAGUUUAUCAGUAGUGUAGCCGAAAUUUUAGAACAGGUGGUUCCUCUGAUGGAGCAUCCUAGCGAGAUUUUCCUUGCUGACCUGGAGUCGCAUCUGAUGAUGCUGGUUGUCACACAAAGUCAGGCAGUAGUGUUAAGUUGUGUGUCCUGUCUGUCGGCGGUUGUAAAUAGAAUUACCAAGAACUAUACCUUAAUACGAGACUGUUUCUCCAAAUUUUACUACAAAGGCCUAGUGUCCAGCAAGGAAAAAAUAAUGAGUGAUCCGACGGUACCGAUUGAGCAGUUAUACAGGCCACAAUUUCGGCGAAGUAUCUACACCGUGGGAUUGAUUAUGCGGUAUUUCGAUUUCAAACAACCGGCUGUCUACGGUGGAGGCGAGGAUGCACAAGGAGCGCUACCGGCAAGUAUUUGUGAAGAGGUUUACAACACAUUGGCGUUUUUUCUAUCGUGCAGUCAUAGUGAAAUCUGCAAGGAAACCCUACUGUCGAUGGGUAACUUCUGUGUGAAGAACUACGAAUAUCUGACCAAAACGGAACUGCGAGAAUACUAUAAUUAUCUGCUAACACAGGAAACGGUGCUGACGGACAUGAAGAUUAACGUGCUGAAGAAUAUUCUCAUGUAUCUGACGGAAGAGGAGAACAAGAUGGUUCGGAAUGACAAAGAAUGGGCGAAACAAUCGCAAACAGAGGACUUGAAGGAAAUGGGGGACGUAUCAUCUGGUAUGGCGAGUAGGGUGAUUCAGAUAUACCUCAAGGAAAUUUUGCGAAGUUUCUUGCACCGUGAUACUGGUGUUCGAAUGUGGGCGAUGCGCGUGGUCGAGAUCGUGCUACGGCAAGGUCUGGUACAUCCCGUACAAAUAGUUCCUUAUUUAAUAUGCCUAAGUACGGACCCGGAGAAAGAGGUUGCACAUAGUGCCGAUCGUCAUCUACAGGAAAUCGAUAAGCAGUAUCCAGGUUUUGUUAAUAUGAAAUCUCACGCCGGUAUGCAGUACUCAUAUGAAUUACAAGUCUUGCUACAGACGCAUGACGACCGUAGUAUAGUUAGAGGUUAUAGAAUCAAAGACCCCCAGGAGCCACCAACUGCGAUGAACGGUUUCUUAUACACUUUGUUACGUAAUACCAAACCCCAGAGGCGGGCACUAGUGCAGUCCAUCACGAAACAAUUCGACGAUGGAAAAAUUUCGCUGAAACAAAUGCUCUAUUUGGCGGACAAUCUAGCGUACUUUCCGUAUGUGGUGCAGGAUGAACCAUUGUACAUAAUCCAUCAUAUUGAUGUGCUAAUUUCCGUUACCGGCACUAAUUUGUUGGCCACGUUCCGGGAAGGACUUAAGCCUCCGCCUGGCGCGGAGAACAAUCCCGAUCAGAAGCCAAAUCCACUGGAGGAUGACGAUGAUGAUGAUCAGGAUGUAAUCCUUGGUCGUCUACCGGAGGACACAACCGAACUGCAGAACUGUAUCACCUCAGCACAAGGAUGCAUGCUUCUGUUAAUACUCAAGCAGCAUUUGAAGGAUAUCUAUGGCAUCACAGACUGUAAAAUUUCUCGAUACUCUCCAUCGGAAACGGGUAAGAUCUACGAUAAAGCAAUGCAGCGACGAUCAAACUCUAUGUUCGAUCCAAAAGCAACAAUCGCUUUGCUUCAAGAGAAACGAUCGGCCGAAGGGGUCCAGGAAGAUAAAACCAGAACAGAGCUUGUGCAGCGGUAUUUGGAUUUCAAGCAGCUGAUGCUACGGCUCGACCCGGAUGAUCCCGACUUGCUGGACGAUGACGAUCGGUUACCAGCGAAGGGUUCCGAACCAAACUCAAUCACUACCCCCGUGAAGCAACCCGGUACUACUGACGUACCCGGUGCCAACAAUGCCAACAGUACACCCGCCACCAAUGACACUGGGAACGGUGCCCAUGUCAAUAACGUGCAUAACACCACAACCAGCGGCUCUAGUACAACACAAGUUACUCGAACGCCAAAGUCGGCGCUUCGAACAGCCACGGCGAACUCAUCCUCCGCGGCACGAAAGGCUCAGCCAUCGCGAAGUGCUCGGAAGAAGCGCCGAAAAAUUUCCAGUUCCGAGGAAGAUGAAAGUGACGCCAGCGAUAUGGACUAUGAUUAAACAUCAUACACAACAUGCGCCGUGUCGAGGACACAAAUGACGGCGAAUACCAUUGAGUAGGUCCUAGCUUGUUCCUCAUUCGGACAAGUCUUUCACAGAAGUAGAAACAUUCUUGAUGGCAUCGAAAAAACAAAAAAUUACCCGACGGGAAUGAUGCAAACGUCUAUGAAUGUGAAACACCCGAUAUACGUUGGGUUCUGCACUGAAUUGAAACGUUUCCGCAGCUCUCCUGCGCAGUAUUGUUUAUUAUCGCAAAGCCUAGUGGUCGCUGUUUGUCCAAACUUCUCAAAUUCAUUUCCCGCUCAUUCAACUAACAGCUAUCAUCAAUUCACCGUAGAUGUAGAAUUCUAACAAUAUAUCUGUUUUCAUCAUCGGAACAAUUGUAAAAUACAUCAAAAACAAAAGAAACAAUUUUUUUCGAUACCAGUAUAUUUAACUCUAAUAAAUAGAAGAAAAAAAAAUUAAUAAGAAAGAACUGUGAAAUAAAUGUAAGAACGUCAGAAAAGAGUCAUGUUUUAUCCUUUACGGAGUCAAAAUCAACGGAAACAUUACGCAGAGAAAAAGAUAUUAACAUGUAGGUAAAGUUUUGUGUGGUUAAAAGUCGAGAACAGACGAGCUGUUUUAUGUUCGGGAAACAAUAGAGACUUAAUUGAGAUGUGUAUGCUUCAUUGUGUUUGCAGUGACGCUCAAACAUCAUUUGAUUGACGCGAUUGAGUAAGAGCAAAACGCCUAACAGUGCGUAAUUUGGGAGCCUGGGUAGCUUAGAACCCGGGAUGACAUAAGAUGUUUUAUGAGAUAUUUAACUAGUUUGGAAUAAGCCGCAGUAGUGUAACAAUACAACAUUACACAUACGCUGAUUUACCUAUCUUGUUGUGGUCACUUGUCCUACGUGAGGAAUGUGAGAGUGUUUAAUUUAUUGGAAAAUCAUCAAAAUAGAUGUUCGAAUCGAGAAGGAGUGCAUUGUAUUCGAUUAGACUACGAAUAAUCGCGAACAAAUAAUACCGGAAUGGUGGAGUCAAUGAAAAAUGUAUAAACAAUUUUAUUGUAAAGCGUAGAGGUUAGAUCGCACCAUAGAAUGAAACAAUAUAGUAAUGAUAUAAGAACAACAAGAGAAAUCAUUCACCUUUCGUAGAGUCUCCGACGACGGAAAUCAUGAAUGUUUGCGUGUGUUUGUGGUUGUACAUUUUUGUAAAUAUAGAAUAUUAUUCUUAUUUUCAUGUCAAUGGUGAGAGAAAUUUAGACACUGAUCGUUCUGGAAAACAAAAAUAAAACGUUUCGAAAUAAAAUAAAAAACAAGAGCAAACGAGAGUAAAAGGCAGAGACUUUAUUUAAAGCGUUUUUAGAUAAAUUAUUUAUAUAAAAAGAGCUAAAAACGAGAAAAAAAAAGAACUAAAAUCCAGAUGAAUUUGUAAUUUAAUUUAGGCGUAAGGAAAAAAACAAAACAACACAAGAUUAGAAAGCAAACGCAUGUUUGAAACUGUAUAAUCGAAAGAUCUUUUUUCUUAGUUUUUGUUUUCAUUCGUAAUAUAAUUUAAAUCAAAGUCAAAAAAGAGAAAUACAAAGUAAAACUUGUAGAUAA